AUGAGGGUGGCCGAAGCCCAGCUGUGCUUCAACUGCCUGAGCAGGGGCCACCAGGCACGCUUCUGUCGCAGGAACACCUUUUGCUCGGUGACUGACUGCGGGCGAAGGCAUCAUCCCUUGGUCCAUAGUGAGAGGAGAAGCGAACAGUCCGAGGUGGGAGGGGCCCCGGCGGCCACGGUGGCCACUGCGGCCACUGCGGCGAUUAGCCCGAAUCGCAGGCCGAUUGCCUUCAGUAUGCUUAAGGCCACCCUCAUGGGUCACAAUGGCAUGAGUAGGGAGGCCUUGGUUUUCGUGGAUCCGGGGAGUGACGUGACACUCGUGUCAUCCAAGCUGAGAAAGGCCCUCCAACUGAAGAAAGGAAGAUCGGUCUCAGUCCCGCUGAGCACGGUGGGAGGCGAGAAAAGGACGGUGGCCACAGAGAUAGAGGGCAGAAAACUCACCAAUGAGUUAACAGGAGCCCAGUGGACAAUCGUCAAAGAUAGAUAUCCCCAUUUAAGAGAUUUGCCUUUACAAGAUGUGGGAGGAGAACCCGACUUAUUGUUGGGCCUGGAUCACGUCGAGUUGCUGGCCCCACGUGAGGUUCGGAUGGGCCGACAGGGUGAACCCAUCGCCGAGAAGAAUUUAUUGGGAUGGGCAGCCAAGGGUCCCAUUGUGGGACGUGCCUCUUCCCCUGCAGGAAUUGCGGAUAGCCAGGGGACGGUGAGUGUUCAUUUCCUCAUGGCCGAAGAGGAGCACCGUCUGGCUCACCGUUUCUUCAAUGGAGAGGCUCUGGGUACUGAGGUUAAGCCUCAGCCCCUCUGGUCCAACGAGGAUCAAGUCGUGCUGGGCCAUUUAGAGAAGAACAUCCAGAAGUUGGAUGGUCAACCGGGCUAUAUGGUGAAGCUUCCAUGGAGACCCCAGGUGGAACAGUUGGGAAGCAACUUGCCUCAGGCCGAACAGAGAUGGAUGCGCUUGAGACAGAGGCUCUCUAGGGACAGCAGAUUCAAGGAGCAUUACGAGGGAGCAAUUCAGCGUAUUUUAACGGAAGGAUUUGCCCGUGAGAUCUACACCUACGAUCCAAGUGAGAAACCAUUAGAGGGGGAUCCCCGAUUAGAAUCCGGUCAAUUCUUCCUACCACACCAAGGUGUCUACAAAAAUGAGCGAAGAGAAAAACUUCGAGUCGUUUUUGAUGCUUCAGCCCAAACCUGUGGCCUCAGCUUGAACAAAGUGCUAUUCUGUGGGCCCAAACUUCAAACCGAGGUCACCCAUGUGUUGACGAGAUUCCGAGAGUUUAAGGUGGCGUUCCGUUCGGACAUACAAGACAUGUUUGCCCGUAUCCAUCUACACCCCCAAGAUGCCAAAAAACAUCGGUUUUUGUUCCAAAAGAUGGGGGAGAAACUCAUUCGGGUCUAUCAAAUGGACCGACUUACGUUCGGUGAUGGACCUAGUCCUUGUGUUGCCAUCGCCACCUUGAGAAGAACGGCCAGAGAUUUUGGGACCAAGGGGAGCCUAGCCGUUGAAUCCAUUGAGGAAAAUUUUUAUGUGGACGAUUGGUUGGAGUCGGUCGCUACCCUGGAUGUGGCCGAAAGUCUAGCCAAGGAGGUCGAUGAGAUACUGAAGCAGGGCAAUUUCCAGUUGACAAAGUGGUUAUCGAAUGACGGGCGGUUUUCUCGCAUGGAAGCGAAUGCUGAUCGACGUGACGCCGUCCUUGGUGUUUUUUGGGAUAAUCUUGGAGGUGGGUCUUCUCAAGGCUUGCCAGAUGGCGGAGGCUUUCAAAGCUCCCUGCGCGUGAUCUUGACCGCCAAGAAACCGUCCUGGAUGUUAGUGUGGGAGAAAGUUGGCUCUUGCGACAAUGCCAACUCGAAUCUUAUUUUGAGGACAUGUCUAUGCUAA